AUGAGUGAAAUACUGCCCCAAGUACCCUCCCCAGGAAGUGCUCUGUACCACCGCAUUCCAAAGUGUGCGCGAUGCAGAAAUCACGGUGCGUUGUCAUGGCUUAAGGGACAUAAACACUACUGCCGCUGGAGGGACUGCACAUGCUCCAAAUGUCUUCUCAUUGCUGAGCGCCAGCGUAUUACGGCCGCUCGAGUGGCCCUCUUGAGACAACAGAGAAAGAACUCAGAAGUGACGCAAAAAAUGGAACAAAAAGAUGAAGACAAAGACCAGAUGAGUAAGGGUUUUGGAGAUGAUGUUUAUCAAAGGCCUUCCAUGGUGCUAAACUCCAUGUCGUCGUUACAAAGAAGAAAAGACAGCGACGAUGAGUACGAAGGUGGGAAAAAUUUACUUCACAAAUGAUCUGAUCCUUUUACUUGCAAAAAUACCUAUAAUGGAAUUUAUAAAAAAAAUAUGUCUUAAACUGAAUUUGCCAGUGAAAGUGUAGUUAUUACUAAAAAAAGUGUCAGGUUUGCACCACAGGAUUUUUUUCAUGGGCUCUAGAGUUGGAACUACAUUAGGUGUGUGUCGAAGUAAAGGAAACAUAAUUCGGAAUAGAAAGCGCGUUACUAGGGAAAUAACAGAAUUUGUUAAAUCUUAAGGCAUUGGGUGUAGCCUUGAGUUAAACUAGUAUUCCAUGGAAUAGUAUGUAGCAGUGCUCUUUUUUGCUUCCGAGAAACCAGCCAAGAUACUUAGCCGGGAUUUUCUUUUUAACCCACAGAUGAAGGUAUCGAUCAACAGCUAUCUCCGACAUCAUCUAAGGAAAACGAGGACUUUCAAAAUGAACAGUCUUCCCAGCCUGAGCCGACUAUGAUCGAUGGUGUCCGAAUAAAAACCGAGCCUGGAAAAUCGCCAGACGAAGACGACGAGGAAAGAAGUACAGUUGUCACGACAAGCGAAGGCGAAACUCAACGCCAGUCUCCAAAGAGAAAACUAAACGGAGAAAUGCAUCAAGAGGAGAUCGAUGUCUUACGACUGCAUACGAAGAUGCCCCGAACAUCUGAAAGCCCUAGUUCGGGAAGAAAGCUACAUCCGGAUCCACUCGGAUUGCUCAUCCGAGCGUUCCCGAGUCAGUGCCGAAGCGUUCUUGAAUUAGUUCUUCAAGGAUGCGGCGGGAAUGUAGUUCAAGCUAUUGAGUGCUUGCUUCAAAAUCAAGAAAAGAAGCAAUUUCCUCUUCCCAUGCCAGUGCCGGUAAUCGCCAGUGUUUCCGGGCCACCACCAACAAUUCAUCCCGCCUUACAUUUUCAAGGUCCAUCUCUAUUUCGCAAACCGGAGCCAUUUUCACAUGGAUACCACAGACCCCCUCUUAGUCCAAACUGUCCCUUUCCCCCACCUCCACCACUACUGAAGCCAAAACCACAGGUGACUGGUUAUCCUUUCUCUAUGGAAGCCGUAUUGGCUUCACCACCGAGCAACGCAAGCGCGGGUUCGAGUUCACCCAAGGGCGAGGACAAGCCAGCAUCGAUACACUUUUGUACAAAAUGCGGACGAAAAGCCAGCUGCGAGGACAAUUUUUGUGCUUUUUGUGGGCAAAAGCUGCAUAAAUAA